AUGGCUCCACGGUCCGAGUCUGCGGCAAUGGCCCUUCGCGAAUCAUUCGGUGACAGGAAGAUCCCCGAAAUUUCGCGGAAAAUCACCGCAUGUGUUUCCUGUCGCAAAUUAAAGAUUAAAUGUCAUAUGAAUAAUGAUAGACCGCCAUGCACCCGCUGUAAAACACGCGGCAACACAUGCACAGUGAACAAGAGUUUACAAACCCUUUUAGAAGGUGACGCUUCUUGGAAAGAGCAAAUGGAAGACAGAAUGGCCAGACUGGAAGCACAUAUCCUCAGCACUGCAGUGGAAUCAUCAUCGCAACCGCCUUAUCAAACUUAUGGACAAGAUACGACUCGCGGGAAUCUUGGCGAUAACCCUGCAGACCCAUCUCAAAUCGUCACAUUAAAUUUGUCUUGCAGUCUUGGAGCAUUCCCCGCUUCUUCAAUGAUCAAUUUCACAUUAACGGAUCCUCGAGGCACAUCACGACAAUGCCCAGAUCUCUUAUCAAACCAACUCAUACCCCAAGAAUCCGCAGAAAGCCUCUUCUCAUUUUAUAAAAAGAAUAUGGACUCUUUUGCCUAUAAUAUUCUUGCCGACACCGAUUCUCUGGCCUCUAUUUCAGAUCGCUCGCCGCUUUUGACAGUUUCCAUCUGCACGGUUGCAGCUUUUUGCUCCGGCUCCCUACACUAUCGAACCCUUUUCGAUAACUUGAAAAGCGAAAUAUCCGGAAAAGUGUUUUCCAACAAUCAUGAGUUCGACGAUGUACGAGCCCUUUGCAUCGGGGCUUUGUGGCUCAACGAAAUAUCCACGGCGUUAAAUUCACUAGCCGUACGAAUCGCAACGGAACUAAAUCUCCACCGCUGCAUCACCAAAAUGCCUCACAAGAAACGCGCCUGCUACGACCGAACCCGAUUAUAUUUCCUCGUAUAUAUAUGUGAUCACCACUGCUCCCUUAGCCACGGCAAACCACCCUUAACACGAGACUUCCACUCCCUGAAAAGCCCACGGGAUUUCCUCAGAACCGAACUUUCAUCACCAUCUGACCUGAAACUAAUCAGCCAAGUCGAAUUAUGGUCUAUCAGCAAUCAGGUCUUCGACAUGUUUGGCGCAGACGUCGAUAAUUGCGCUACUAGCCAGCGAUUGAAAGAGAUUCCUGCCCUGAGUGAGGCUUAUGAGACGUGGUAUCGCGAUUGGCUUGGUAUCUUGACUUUUGUCGAGGGUUCGGGCGAAGAGCCUUUCACUCGUCAUGUUUUUGAUUUUUAUUACUACUCGGCGAGAUUAUAUCUCUUUUCUCAUAUUUUUCGUGGUCAGGCGACUGAUGACUCGGGAGAGGGAGAUGCUUCAAGCUCAUUCUCAUCUUCAAAGAAGGCGACACAUGGUUACGACGACUUUGCAGAUGCUGCGUUGAAAAGCGCUCUUUCGAUCGUUUGUCUUAUCACCAAAGAGGAGGGAGGCUUGCAAAAUUUACCCUACUAUAUCGGGACGGUGACUGCGUUUGCUUGUGUUUGUCUUGUGAAGGCGUCGAGUCAGAGCGAGUUGAUUAUCUGCGAUAUGGAUGGGACUGAUGUUUCUGAGCACUUGCGUGAACUUGUUCGGGUUCUUCAGGCUGCUGCUUCUGGAAAUAUUUCCAGUCAUGGGCAUCCGUUGCAAGGGAUUGCAGAGAGUCUAGGGGGUAUCUUGACGGGGGAUAUUGAAACACACGAGACUGGGCCGCUGAGAGGAGUUUUUGGAUUUGAUUUUGCUCUUGAUGGGCUUGAUAUGCUGUCGGGUGAUUUUGAACAAACGUCGUAA